UCUGGCAUGCUGCUGAAGGAAAACGUAAAACAAUCAUUUAAUCUGAAGUGAAAAAUGGGAUCAAGUCCAUAAAGAAUUCUUGUCCACUGAGGAUGUGUUUAAAGCUGGGUCGUGCCCCCAAGAUGAGUUCUACGGAGGACGAGGACGAAGAAGACCGUCAAGCUACGACGGACGAUGAAUUGAACGAAAAUCUACGCAGUGACAAAUUGCCUAUCGUGUAUCGACCGGAAUAUGGGGUGAGAUUCUGUGGGCUGCAGAGACUACACCCGUUCGACGCUGCCAAGGGGGGUAAUAUCUAUCGACUGCUGAAGGCAGGUAAUCUGAUUGGCAGCGAUGCUGACGUCCACAAACCCCGGGAGAUCAGCAUCGAUGAACUGUUGGAUGUUCACACCAAACGGUAUAUUGAAAGUUUGAAGUGGAGUGUCAAUGUGGCCAAAAUAGCGGAGAUUCCACCGUUGGUGUUUGUGCCAAAUUAUUUCGUUCAACGGAACUAUCUACGUCCGAUGCGAUACCAAACGUUCGGGUCGAUAUUGGCGGCUAAGUGUGCCCUGGCUGGUUCUUCCGGGACGGGAUGGGCCAUUAAUCUGGGCGGUGGAUUCCACCACUGUAGCGCUGAUAGUGGCGGUGGUUUUUGUCCCUACGCCGACAUUACAUUGACCGUCAGAAUGUUGCAGGCAAGCGGCAGAGGAAUCGAGCGGAUUAUGAUUGUCGACUUGGAUGCACACCAGGGCAAUGGCUAUGCUAGGGACUUGAUGAACGACAGUGGAGUGUUUAUAAUGGACAUGUACAACUACCGGAUUUACCCGAGAGAUCAUGAAGCUAAGCUGGCCAUCAAGAGAGCCGUGGAACUCAAGCCGCACGUUGGAGACAAAGAAUACCUGGAGAAGUUGAGGAGCAAUCUGACUCGGUCGUUCGAUGAAUUCCGACCAAAUUUCCUCAUCUACAAUGCAGGGACUGACGUGCUGAAGGGAGAUCCGCUGGGAAUUUUGGACAUCACUUCCGAGGGAGUGAUCGAACGGGAUGAGAUCGUUUUUGAAAUGGCACGCGAGAGGGCAGUUCCACUGGUGAUGCUUCUCAGUGGAGGCUAUCUUAGAAGUUCGGCCCGGGUAAUUGCCGAUUCGAUUCUCAAUUUGAACGCCAAAGGACUGCUGCCGGUGGUUAAGUAAUCAAGUGCAGCGACACGGGGAGAGAGAUUUAACAAGAGUGAGUUAAAUGGAAUAUAUAUUCUAGUCUGAAGGGAACGAUAUGUGAUGUGCUUGUUGUCCUCGCUGGACAGCUUUUAAAUGUGUGGGUGGGCACACUUUCCAGAUUUGUACUUUCCUAAAUGUACCGACAACUAUUAAUGUACCUAUCUAUAGUAAAUCCUGUUAAGUACUUGGUAGCUUUGCUU